AUGUCUUCAGAAUCUCACCAUAGCGGCACUUUUGACAAACUCUUCCACCAUAAACAUCGUGAUGAGCAUCACGAAGGUGAAGAAGGCGCACACCUCGAAAAUCAUGAUCAAUAUUCUGGCGAUGCUCGCCCACAGCAAGAAAGUGAGUUCAAGAGAUUUGAUAAAGGUCUCAAAAAGGAAGAGAACAAAUUCAAGAACUAUCUCCAGAAGGACGAGGAACUUGAGGAGGAGGGGAAGACCUAUGGAGGUUUGAUGUAG